AUGCUGACACUGCAAUUUUUGGAGGCACUUGCAAUAAUUUUGUGGAUGUAUUUCCUGUGGAGACGAAGAAGAUUUUACAUUAUGAUGCUGAGGCUGCCUGGACCAAUGGGACUUCCCUUUGUCGGACUUGCAUUCGACUACAUUCGCUUUAAACGUAAGAUUCGCCUGCGUACCAUUUUAUUUCAAAUGUAUGGAAAGACGGUAUUGACUUGGAUUGGCAUAACACCAGUCCUGGUCACCUGCGAACCAAAGAUCCUUGAGGAUAUUUUGAUGUCUCCCCAUUGCAACAACAGGAGCUCUGUUGUGGACAAGGCCAUUUCAUCAUGCGUCGGACUGGGGCUUUUAACUCUGAAGGAUAAUCAUUGGAAUGAACGACGAAAACUUUUGUCACCAUCGUUUAAGAAUUACGCUGUUCUACGUUUUGUGCCAGUUUUGAACAAUGAAUCGAAUUACUUGGUGACCUUACUGGGUGAAUUUGUGGGUCGCGGAGAGUUGAACUUACUUCCAGAACUUAAUAAAUGGUCAUUCAAAAUAGCCGCUCAAAUUACUAUGGGCGACGAAGUGAGAAGUCAAGCCAACUACAAGAACGGAAAUCUGUUGGAAAGCUUCAAGGCACUUAACAACCUAAUACCUAUUGGAGUUGUGAUGCCUUGGCUCAGGAACAAGUAUCUUGGAAAGCUAUUUAGCUAUGAAAAGCGACGACUAGAGGCCACCACGCAGUCAAAUGCCUUCAUCAAAGACAUAAUUGACAAAAAGCUGAGUGGCAGCACCGAAACUAGCUCAGAACCGGCACUAAUUGACCGCAUUCUCGAUCUUGUCAGAACCGGAGAUCUUUCCUAUGACGACGUAAUGGGCGAAUUUUCUAAUAUCAUAUUUGCCGCAUCCGAUACUUUAUCUAUCACAGUCAACAAUGUGCUCAUCCUGUUAGCAAUGUUCCCCGACUGCCAGGAUAAAGUGUUUGAGGAGCUAACAGAAGUGUUUCCUUCAGGAGGAGAAUUCGAAGUUAGUCAUGCGAAUCUGGAGAAAUUGGUGCAGUUGGAUAAAGUUCUGCAUGAGACAAUGCGUUUGAUACCGGCCGUUCCGCUUUUGAUAAGGCAAACUUCCCAGGACAUUCAACUAUCAAACGGAUAUAAAAUUCCAGAAGGCGUAACCCUAAUGAUAGACAUUUUCCACACCCAUCGUAAUAAGGAUGUCUGGGGACCUCAGGCUAAUGCCUUUAAUCCCGAUAACUUUCUGCCUGAAAAUAAGCGAGCAAGACAACCUUAUGCCUAUUUACCUUUUUCAAAGGGGAAGAAAACAUGCCUAGGUUGGAAGCUUUCGCUUAUAUCCGCCAAGCUAGCUCUAGCUAAAAUACUACGAAAUUAUGUGCUUAGUACCACCUUUUUGUAUAAGGACCUUCAGUUUAUAGACAACACCACAAUGAAGCUGGCUGUGCAACCAUUACUAGCAGUAAAUCGUAGAGUAGAAUGAAA